GUUGUUGUGCGCGAGCUUCCCCCAAACCCCUUCCGCCGAAUGGGAGCCCUGGCCUGAGUACGGACCGGGGCCCCAGGAUGCUGGGCGCCGAGCAGCACGAGGGCGUCUCGCCCAAGCGCAGAUCGACCUUCUACGUCUCCCUCGAGGGCGACUCGCCCCGUAAGUUCCGUAUGCACGAGGCCGAGGGCAAAUCCGAGUCCGGGGGCUAUCCAAUCAGUCCCUCGAAGACGGCGCCGAACGUGCCGCUCCUCGCCCGUGCCCAAAGCACCGGCACCUAUAGACCCAAGCGCUCCGAGUCCAGUGGCAUGCUCGGACCCAAGGGCAAGGUGCAGUCGCUCACCCGGAUAUUCGAGAGCCCGGGGAGCGGCAAGCCCGAGCCCGAGAAGGAGCAGAAGCGGCGUGUAGAGCGCACGCGCUCCUUCAAGACGAUCGAGCGCUUCCAAAGUCGCUUUGCCGCGAGGAAGGACCCGGAGGUCCGCGCCAAGUCCGGGACGCGGGAGCCGCCCGUCAAGGUCCAGACGAGUUUCACGGACCUCGUCAUUAGGCGGAGCCAGAGCGCGAAACUCGUUAGGGCCGCAGCAGCCGCCGCUGCUGCCGCCGCCGCUGCUGCCGCCGCCACCGCCGCCACCGUCACCAUUACCACCACUGCCACCGCUACCAACAACACAACUAUUGUCACUGUCCCGAUUAAGCCGGACGACGCGGACUCGGGACAGGAGAACGACGAGCCGAUUCUCGACGGUGAGGCCAAGACCGGGUUCGACGAGACCGACACGGACGCUGGCGUUCAUUCAGACACAUCGUACGAGAAGGCAUGCAGAAGGGGCAGUGCUCCAGCCACCCCCGUACUUGGCGCACGACCACUCGACGUCACCCCCAAUCGUAUUGUCAACUUCUUCUCGAAGCGAUCGUUUCGAUCGAAUCCAUUGAAGAGGACCAAGAGCGUGACGAAGCUCGAGCGCCAAAAGCAGCGCGGCGUCGGCAUCGGCGGUGGCGCCGGACUCCGGGGCUGCCGCUCCCACGAGUCGCUCCUCUGCGGCCAGGCGGUGACCUCGAUGGACCUGGCCGCGGUCACGCCGCUUCACCCGAGCCUCCUCGGUAGGCCGCACUGCUUCCAGGUGACGCCCAGCAACGGCGGCCCCAAGUACUUCAGCUGCAGGACCGCUCACGAGAGGGAUCAGUGGCUGCACAGUCUGCGCAAGUCCGUGCAGCCGGAAGCCGAGCAGACGCGUCGCACCGACAAUUCCCUGCAGAUCUGGCUACUGGAGGCUAAGGGUGUACCCGCGAAGAAACGCUACUUCUGCGAGGUCUGCCUGGACUCGACCCUCUACGCGCGGACCACCGCCAAGCUCAAAGCCGACCUUUGCUUCUGGGGUGAGCGCUUCGACUUCCAUCACCUGCCAGCCGUCAAUACCAUCCAGGUGAACCUUUACCGUGAGGCCGACCGUAAGAAGAAGCGAGACAAGAACGUGCUGAUCGGUUCGGUGAAUAUACCCGUGCACAACGUGACGUCACGCUACCUAACGGAAAAAUGGUACUCCGUGGUCGGGGACAAGGGCCCGCUCAAGGACCCACCGGCUCUGCGGGUCAAGUGCCGCUUCCAGUCGGUCGACAUACUGCCCGUCCAGGUCUACCACGAGUUCCUGGACUACCUAAAGACCGACUACGCGUCCCUCUGCGAGAAGCUGGAACCGGUGAUCGGCGUGAAGGCCAAGGAGGACAUCGCCACGGCUCUCGUCGCCGUCAUGCAGAGGGAGAAGAGGGCGCCACAAUUCCUCGCCGAUCUCGUCAUGAUGGACAUACAUCGAAUUGACGACGAGAGGCUGACGUUCCGUGGCAAUAGCCUCGCUACGAAGGCGAUGGAGGCCUACCUCAAGCUCACGGGCGACCGCUACCUUCAAGAGACCCUCGGCCCGGUGGUACGCGGCGCCGUCGAGGGCGGUGACUGCGAGGUCGAUCCCCUGAAAGUCGCCUCCGUCGCAGCGCUCCACAAGCAACAGCAAAAUCUCCGGGCGGCCGUGGAGCUCGCCUGGAGCCGCAUCCUCGCCAGCCACUCGCACUUCCCGGCCGAGCUGAGGGAGUGCUUCCGUAUAUUCAGAGAGAGGCUCGCCGAGAUGGGCAGGGAGGACAUGGCCGACAAUCUCAUAUCCGCCUCGAUAUUCCUCAGGUUCCUCUGCCCCGCGAUACUCAGCCCCUCGCUAUUCAACAUUACGCACGAGUAUCCAAAUGAGAAGGCAGCAAGAAAUUUGACGCUGGUGGCGAAGACUCUGCAGACUCUCGCGAAUUUCACGCGAUUCCAAGGGAAGGAGAAUUUUAUGGAAUUUAUGAACGACGUGUUGGAGCGCGAAGCACCGUCAAUGAAGACCUUUUUACAAUUAAUAAGCAGUUCCGUGACAAAGGAGACGCCGAGUAUAUCUCUGGAAUUCGACGGUUACAUUGACCUCGGGAAGCAGUUAUCGCUUCUUCAUGCGUUGCUACGCGAGAGUGUCGCAGCAGCCCCCUCGAAUUCACCGACCGCCCCAGCAUCUCGUCUGCCCGAUAUCCUGGAGAGGAUCUCCCACGCUCUCGAUCAGCCGGGUCCCAGCCCCGUGCCCUCGACGCUUCGCUAUCCCAAUCUCCAGAACAAUAUAUUUCGCUAUAAUGAUCCGACGAUCGCCAACAGUAACACCAAUCUCUCAAUAUCCGGCACCUCCACCCUCAGCAGUAAUCACAGCACUCUGAACGGCACGAUCGGCGACAGCGCCGAGAUACUCCAGAGCAACACACUGGGGCACAACGCUAACAACGGCAACCGCAGCCCCAACGUUAUAAGGGCCGCCACUUUACCCCGUAACGCCUAUCUACCGACCAACGGCAAACUUCAGCUGCAGAUAAACUCGGACGAGUAUCCUCUAGAGCCGCCCGCUUUCGUCUCUAGAUCGCCUACACCCAUAGUCCGCCAACAGCAGCAUCAUCAACGAUCCACUGCCUUUACGAAUAAUCGUAGUGGGCCGGGAUAUCGUCUCACCGCCAGUGCUAGCCUGGCCAAUGUCAAUCACUGCCAAACGGCCAGUCACCCCACUAGCCCCACAAGAUCCGAGAGCCACAGCAAUCUCAAAGACUCAAAUUACAAUAUCACCGGCACUCAGCCCAACAACGGCACUAUACUUCAGCAUCGGCACAACAUCACCAGGCUCCAGAAUCUCGAAAUUCACGACAGAUGCGACGACAAUUACAAUCACAAUAAUUACAAUGUGACGAGAUCGGCGAGCAGGAACCAUUGCCACAAGGAGGAGAACGCCAAUCAGACUCACCAGCAAAACGCCUACAACAACGUGAGCAAGACGACGAUAAACGCCAAUAGUCAUACGGGCUCAAACAUCACCCUAUCGAUAAAUCAUCAGCCGAACAACAAUAGCUACCACAGCAUCAAGGGGAGCACGGUGAAUAACGGAGGUGGUGGCCAAUUGGCCAACGGUAAUCUCGACGAGCUCUCGGACCUGCUGCGCUACGCCGACGACGAAGUCUCCGAGUCCAAGUCACAGAAGGGCUCGCAAAUAUCGAUCUCCCAGCUAAGUAACGUCGCCUCCUCGGGAUACCAGAGCUUCGCGGCCUAUAGCCAGAGUUCGAGCCCCGUGGAGCUGAGCAGUGGUAACGCGAACGUUCACAUUCUCGGUGGAGGGCCCCUGGCCUUCGCCAAUCCCGUCUAUCACAUGGAGUCGAAUCAUCAUGGGCGCAACGGGAGACGAGGCAGCACGAGCUCCGACGAGCGCGAGGGCAGUAACGGAGGCGUCGAGGCCGUUCGUGGUGUCGACCUCAGCCCCUCGCCGCCCCUCCAGCAGAACGCCCGCAACCUACAGAGGAACGGGGCCCAGCCGCACCAGUGGCGGCAAACCAACGUCUCCGUUCGGCCUGCCAGCAACGAGCAGAGCCAGAGCACCGUCUGCUGCACGAAACUCAGGAGGCGGCUCUCGCUCGACUCCACCAGGGACCUCUCCGACACGAGCGAGGAAGAGAGCUGCGCCACCAGGAGGAGCAAGUCCAGGAGCCACCGGAGCAUCGAUCAGUACGAAGUGGAAAUCGAGAGGCUGCAGAGCAGCGUCGAUCGACUGCGCGCCCGGCUGGGCGCCGCCGAAGACGCCGAUACCGAGGGCAUCGGCCCGGACACCAAAAUGAAGAGCAUUAUCUCCAGGUUAAUAUCCGUGGAGGAGGAGCUGCGUCGCGAGCAGCAGAAGAUGUCGGCCGCGCUGUCGUACAAGCAGCGCGUGAUAGACGCGCAGGAGCAGCAGAUAGCGGCUCUCGACGCGGCCAACUCGCGCCUCAUGUCGUCCAAUACAAGACUGUUGUCCGCAUUAAGCACCCUGAGGGAGCGCUAUCACGCAAGUAACAACGGCACCAAGUCGAGCAACGGCAGCGCCGCCAACAACAACGGGCCCGUGGCCGAUACCCAGGCGACCACGGCGCUGCUUCAGAACAUCGCGGACAUCGCCGAGCUCAAGAGCUCAUCAUGCUAGAGCCCCCGGGCAGCCGUUACGUAGCCUUAGAAUCUCUAGAGAUGGCCGUCGCCGUCACCGUCGCCGACGACGGACAACGAGCUCCCUGGUUAGAUAUUAAGCGAUCACGACUGCGCUUUAUUAUUUAUCUGAACGGUGUGCCGCACGACCAAGUCUCGCUUCAUAGGUUUACCUCUCUGUCUAUGCGCGCGUUCUCUUGACGAGAGAUCUAUGGCUAUGGGUCGAAACGAUCGUCCAAAAUCCCGUU